AUGUCUGCCCCGCGUACAUCCCGCUCCCUCAUCUCCCUAACGUGGCCUCUCAUACCACUCCCAAGAACCACCACCACCACCACCACUAUACGCCCCCUCUCUCAAUCCCACCGCCUCAACCAACAAUCACCAGCACCACAACCACUAGCUCCCAAGCCAGCAACCCCCCAAACCCCGACGAACGCCCCCAAACAACCCGACCCCAGAGCAACCCGCAUCCUCUCCCCGACGCCCUCGCACCCCACAACGGACAACAUCUCCAAGACCGGCCUCGCCGACAAACCCCUCGAGCUGGACAGCACGCCCGCCGAGAAAAUCGACUGGACGCGCUCCUUCCACGGCCUCUCCGCCGAGCCGUUCCCCGCCCACGUCGCCGACAUCCUGCUCGCCCCGACGGACCCCGAAGAGGUCGAGAUCAAGCCCGACGGCAUCCUGUACCUGCCCGAGAUCAAGUACCGGCGCAUUCUCAACCGCGCGUUUGGCCCGGGCGGGUGGGGGCUUGUGCCGCGGAGUGAGAGUAUCGUUACGCCCAAGACGGUAACGAGGGAGUAUGCUCUAGUGUGCAAUGGGAGGCUGGUGUCGGUCGCGCGCGGCGAACAGGACUACUUCUCGCCCGAUGGCAUCCCCACCGCCACCGAGGGGUGUCGCUCCAACGCCCUGGUGCGCUGCUGCAAGGACCUCGGCAUUGCCAGCGAACUGUGGGAUCCCCGCUGGAUCCGCAAGUUCAAGGCCCAGUACACCCGCGAGGUCUUUGUCGAGCAUGUCGUCAACAAGCGCAAGUCGAAGAUCUGGGUGCGCAAGGAUGACCAGGUCUCGUAUCCGUGGAAGGAGACUAAGUAA